UGGCACCGAACAAAGAAGAAGAAAGUCCACGCUGUGAUCGGCGUCCAGCCUGUCGUCUUCUGUGAGUCAUCGGAAGCACAAGCCCUUUCCGUGUUCAAUACAGCUUAUCUAGGCGUCUAGUAUCGCGUUUAUCAUCGCGGCACCGAAGUAGCCACCAGAUUUCUUCAGCUAACUGUGAGCCUCGGCGUCAUGACGACCGCAUGCCGUAGUUAUGCAGAGCCCGGCUUCGAAGUCCAUCUCUACGUGUACGACCUGUCCAAAGGACUCGCCAAGAAACUUUCUCCCGCUCUCCUGGGAAAGCAGCUGCCUGGCGUGUGGCACACAAGUAUCGUCGUCCACGGCACGGAAUACUUUUUCGGCUCGACGGGCAUCGAUAGCUGUCCGGCGGGGAAGACCAUCCUCCAGGAACCUGACAAGAUCAUAAGCCUCGGUCGCACGGAGCUGCCUCACGGCGUAUUCUUGGAGUACAUCCGCGAACUGGGCGAGUCCAGCUACAAGGGCAGCACGUACAACCUGUUCCGCCACAACUGCAACAACUUUUCUCAAGACGUCGCCUUGUUCCUGACUGGCAAGUCCAUCCCUGCAGAGAUCCUGGAACUCCCCGACGAGUUCCUACGAACGCCAUUGGGCAGUACGCUGGUGCCUUUCUUCGAGCGCCUUGCGAUUGCUGUCGACAAGGCACCGGGACAGGAUUCUCCAGGCGGCGCACGACAAAGGUCGAAGAGUUCGCACUCUCCAGGCCGUCCGAAGCCUGGCUCGGCUCACGGUAGAGCACGAGGAGAGACGAGUCCUGAUGCAGGGAGCGAGGAAGAGCACGAAGAUGAAAGCGGCGGCGACCAACCCAUCUUCUACCCUCGGGUCGACGGCAUCGCCGCUUUCAAGGAACUCGAAGGAUACCUCAAAAGAACCGCCAUCACCGAAAGCGAGCGCUCGCAGCUGGACCAGCUCCGCGAGUACCUCGUCAACGGCCACGGAGCUUUUGCGCUCGGUCCAGAGCUGCUCGACCUGUUCGAAAAGCUGCUGACGUCGCACGACGGGAAGUGCGCAGCGCGGCUGUCGCUACUGCGCAUGCUCCAGGCGGCGGCGCUGAUCAAGGACGUCAUCCUCCUGUUGCACCAGGACCGCAGAAAGCACGUCAUCAUGAACUACGUCAACCGAAUCGCGACGCUUUCUCCGCAGGAGCAGGACGAAGUGCUCAAGCUACUCUGCAACCUGUGCAGCCACGUCGCCAGCUGCGAGUGGCUGGUGUACAUCUCCGAGUGGCGAGAUAACACCGGCCGGGUGUGCAGCAACGCUAAAGCCACCGUCCGCGCCGUUGUCCACGGGCUACUCAGCGACCGACUUCUCGCACACGAGCUCGGCGCCGCGCUCGUCUUCAAUCUCACCACGAGGGAGCUGUUCGAUGACGCUGCCGAGGAGCUGUCGACGGCGAUCACGCAGUUCUUGCAGGGCGAUGUCAGCGAAGAACAGGUUUAUCGCUGCCUGUCGGCUUUACAUCGCCUUCUGCGUGUCAGCUACAAUGACGUGUCCGCAAAGAUCCAGAAGAUCACGCCGUACCUGCAGAAGCUGUCCGGUUGUUCGGAGCGUGUCAAGAAACUGGUCCGUCAUAUUCGCAGUAGGGUUUCAGCCUCCGCAUCAACACGACAGCAAUGA